AUGGAACCAGAGCCGUCCAUUGCUGCUCUCCUCGAGGCUAUCACAGCCCUCACAGCCACAGUCGGGUCCCUCCAGGACCAAAUCCGAUCACAAGGCCAACAGCUCACUGAGCUUAAAGCCAUAUGCAAGGAGACCGCCGACCUACUCGGCGACAAGGACCAAGGAACCCAAGCUCAGCCUGGCCCAUUGGCUGGGCCUGUCACUCCCCCCACUCAUUCAGGGGGAGAAGCGCACACUCCAGGAACGGUUAGGCCUGGACUCAAGGCCCCCUUCCGCCCAUCAAGAGGAACGGGCUUUGACUCAGAGGAGGAGGAAGAACCCAGGCAAGCCCCCAAAAAAGAGCCUUGCGACACGCCUAAGCGGAGCCUCAGCUCCCUCACCCCCUUUGACUCAGGGUCCAGCGUAAAGCGGCCUAAAAUGGAGCUCCCAGAACCAUAUAAGGGAGACUCUAGGGGACGAAAGGCAACCCAGUGGUUAGAUCGCAUGCUGCUGUGGGUCGCUCUUCAUCGAGACCAAUUCGAUGAAGAAGAACAGAUGGUCGUGUGGAUUCUCUAUCACAUGACCGACAAGGCUGCCGAUUGGGCUCUUCCCAUUAUUGGGACUAUUAUCAAGGGCAAGGGAAAUCCCCCCACUACCAUCCCGGCCUUAACGGCCAAAUUCAAAGAGGCAUUUGCGGACCCCGACGCCAAGAGGGCGGCCGCCAGGAAAAUUGCCGCGCUAACUCAGUCCACGACCACGGCUGUGUUGUGA